AUGGCCUGGGAUGGGAAUGCUCUCAUAUGGGCAUUGAUCUGUAUUGUACCCUUACUACUCCUCUACCGACCCCAAUCACCGCCAAGAGGAUGUCGCCGACUCGGUCUAAAAGGCCAAAGCAAUCUGCACGAUGAGUUUGAUCGAAAAUACCGCCAGGGUGUACAAUCUACAGCCUCUAUCAAUGGCGAGCCAGCCUGGCGCGUCAAAGCGCUCUUCACCUACCCGUUGAAAUCAUGCGGUGGAAUCGAACUGCAAGAAUCCGAUGUCGUCGCUACAGGCCUGAAAUGGGACCGACAGUUCGUCUUCGCCCAGCAUAGCGCCGACGGUUGGACCUGUCGCACACUACGCAAUGCAGGUUUUCAGCGUCUGGCUCACAUCCAUCCGGAGGUUUGGAUCCCAGACCCAUCUGCCUCGGAUUACCAUCCAUCUCUGCCAGAAGUGAAGUCGCAUGGUGUAAUGAUCAUCUCGUUCCCGUGUCCUCCACUACCAGGUCGCAUUGGGUCCUUGAUAUCUAGAGUGGCAAUGGACGUUGGGCUGCUCAAAUCCACCCACUCAUUCCGUAUUCCACUCUACCCAGAAGAUGAAUCUUACCCGCUCACCCCAGUCAAAAUCUGGAAAGACAAACCUCUCGCCUACGAUUAUGGACGUUUACUCCCACCAUCAUUACACACAUACCUAGGCUUUGAUCCCAAAACCUCCCCACUCUCCCUCCUCCGCGCAUGUCCCCAGCAUAGCCGUGAAAUCUUCCGCAACGCCCCUUGCAAAGAAAAAAUCGGUUUCCAACCAAAAACAGCCUUUGCAGACGCGUACCCAAUUCACAUGCUCAACCUAGCAAGCCAUCACGACGUGGCAUCCCGCUGCACGAGUAUACCGAACCUAAGUAUUCGGCGGUUCCGGGCUAAUAUUGUGAUCCAGGGCCCGGGUGCUUUUGAAGAGGAUUUUUGGACGAAGCUACUUAUUGGAAAUGUUGAGGUUUAUGCGGCUUGUCGGACUGUGCGUUGUAAAUUACCUAAUGUUGAUCCGGAUACUGGGGAGAGACAUUUGGUUGAGCCGGAUCGGACGUUGAAGGCUUAUCGUAGGAUCGAUGAUGGCGAUCGAACCAAUGCUUGCUUGGGCAUGCAGCUCGUUCCUACUAUUGAGGAGUUUUGUGUGCGUGUCGGCGAUGGGAUUGAGGUUUUGGAGGUCGGGGAGCAUCGGUAUAUUAAGAUGCUGACACCUGGAGAAAAGGUUGAGGGUGUUUAG